AUGAACAAGGUUUUCAAGACCGCGAAGAUAAGAAAAACUAGAAGCAAAUUUAAGGUUUCUAUAAGGAAAUAUAUUCCUAAAUCUUCUUGGUUGUACAGCUUUGCUACUGACUUUAAGUUCUGCUAUGUCAGAUAUCUGAACAGAUGUGAGGGAUUUUUCACUAAGUUUGUAAAAUUAAACAAACUGACUGCAAAGAAAAGCAAACUUGGAACUCAUGCCCCUUCAUUUAACCACAACAAAAUAGCAUCAAGUACUCAUAGUAGAAGAUUCUGUGUGUCAAGAAUGAAGCUUUCGACUUCAGGUGAUGUUGAAUUAAAUCCAGGUCCUCUUCAAGGUGUCAACACUCAAACUACAUUGUCAUUAGGCUCUACCAUGUUGUUAAAUUUUCGAUUACAUCGGCUGGGACUGAGACCCCAUGAUGUGGGUGGUGCAGGUGAUUGUUUCUUUAGAGCUGUUUCUCAUCAGUUGUAUGGUGAUCCAAGUCACCACUUGCAAAUCAGACAAGAUGGUAUUAAUUAUCUCAGGUCAAACCCAGAAAAUUUCAUUGAAAGCAAUACCCACAGUUCAUGGGAUGACUAUUUGGUUAAUAUGUCUUUGCAAGGUUCAUGGUGUGAUGCAAUCAUUGUUCAAGCAGUUGCUGAGUCACAAAACUUGAGAAUUCAUAUUGUAGAAUCCAAUGAAAAUUUUUCUGAUACAACUUUAAUUGAACCAGCGCAUUUAUUGCAACAACCUCCUACAACAAUUUAUUUAGGUCAUGUAAAUGAAGAACAUUAUGUAUCAACAGUACCAUAUAUGUGUAGCUCUAGUUCACUAGAAAGUCAGCAUAUUGAUAUUUUAAACAAAAUCGAACAAAAAGUUGUCUCUGAAGGAUCACAUAAUGCCAGCCUAAAAAGGGAAAAAAGCAUGCACAUGAGAGAAUAUAGGAAGAAGAAAAAGGCCAGUGAAAGUAGGAAGCAGACAUCUAAAAUCAAUGAAGUAAGUGCCAAAAGGAAUCGCAAUCCUUACCUGAGGGAAUAUAUGAAAAAAAGGAGGACUGAUGAAGGUAGGAUGCAAAAAUCAAACAACAGGAAUAGCAGUGUUCUGUCUGGGAUAGAUGACCAAACUUAUACCACUAAGAAAAACCAAAAAAACAAUGUCACUGUGAGGUAG